AAUGCAAGGGCUGACAUCACGCCUACAGUAGAGAUGGCACAACUGUAUAGCAAACUCCACCGCACAAGAGGCUGGCAUGACACUUUUCACAGCUGAUAUGAUUCCAAUGGUUGUGAAUUCAUCAGACUGGUUGGUCCAGAGUGUGGACCCGGAGCUGGACAACUGCAGUAACUACACUGAAGCCUGGCUAUGGCUGUCCUCCCUACAACCGGCAUACUUGGGUCUGAUCAGCAUUAUGGGGCUCGUGGGAAAUGGCCUGGUUCUCUGUGUGUUCUUCCUGCAGAGGAAGCCCUGCACUGUGGCAGAUAUCUACCUGGGGAACCUGGCUGCUGCUGACCUGGUCAUGAUGUCCUGCCUUCCCUUCUGGGCUGUCACUAUUGCCCGGGGGUACCAGUGGGACUUUGGGGAAGUCCUCUGUAAGCUGGUCAAUGUGGCCAUCUCAAUGAACUACAUGUGCAGUGUUAUGUUCCUUAUGAUGGUCAGCUUGGACCGCUACAUGGCUCUGUUGAAGCCCAUGAGCCCCGGCCGUCUGAGGAGAGCUGCCUGGGCCAAGCGUAUCUGCCUGGGGAUCUGGACCCUGGGCUUCCUUCUCACUUUGCCCAUCCUGCUCUUCCGCACUGUGAAGCCCGUAGAGGAUCCUGGUGUGGAAGCCUGUAUCCUGGCCUACCCCCACCCAGUCUGGAGGGUUCACUACAACAUUGCCAAGAAUGUCUUGGGCUUCCUAAUCCCUGUCCUGGUGGUUGCUUAUUGCACCCAUUACAUUGUGGCUGCUCUGAGCAACAGGGGAGCCAGAGGAUUCCCCAGGGUGAGGAAAGAGAGGAAGGCCACCUACUUGGUCCUGGCUGUGCUGGUUGUCUUCCUCAUCUGCUGGACACCACACCAGGUGAUGUGCUUCCUUGACACUCUUGAUUACUUCAAGGUCACACCUGGAUGCCUCUGGGGUCACAUGUUAGACAUUGGCAUACAGCUGUCUACAUAUCUGGCAUACAGCAACAGUGCUGUUAACCCCUUCCUGUUUGUCAUGGUGGGGAAGCACUUCAGGAGAAAGGCAAAAGAGGUGUUUGGGAAAACUUUGAACCCCUGGUCAAAAGACAUUUCUUACCUGACUGUGGGCUUCACCUCAGUGAAUAGACUCAAUGAAACACAGCGUAUAAGCAUUGGAAAACUUGAAAUAUUUGGACUAAAGCAAACUGUUUCAUGACCAAUUGCUGCAAAGAUUCCUGCAGUUUUUGCCAAGUAAACCAGUAAACCACCUGUCAUGAACUGUCAUCAGAGGUCUACAUUAAAACAGGUGCACAUAAAAAAUAUAUUUUAUAAAAUAAAAGAUUUUGAAAGAACACUGUAUUGACUACUUGAUGAGAAGUGAAGCUGCUUUGAUAAAUGUUAAAGCCGCAUUAAUUGAUUUUUUUUGCUACUUGGGGGCAGCAGAACAAGUUGAAAACACAACAUUGACAUAUUAUCACCUUAUACAUAUUAUAUAUGUUCUGGUGAACAUGUUAGCAGUUGACUAUACAUCCAGCAGACAUGUAGCAAUGUUAACAUUCAUUUGUGUCCAUCCAAUGAAUGUACAUCUAAUAUUCACUCUCCUUUUAGCUCUGGUUUAAUCUCCUGGGAUAAAGAUCUGGCUCUUUAUGGAUUUAGCCAGAUUUGAACUGUGAAUUGAUUGCCUAUUUCUAAUUUUUGGAUUGGAUUUGGAUGGAAACAGUUAAUGAUCUAGCUGCCAUAUGAUCAGAUGAAUUUCUGACAGGUUUGCUGUUAUAAGAUUACUUAUGAACUGUAACAAGAUUGUUUUAAUGUUACUGGAAUAGUAUUUUAUGUGUUGCAGCUAGUUCCAUUUACAGUAAGGCUGUGAUAGAAAUAAAACUGAACUUUGCUGCAAAACAGCAAGACCAACCUGUCUGCAUCUGUGGCUUCAUAUUCAUUUUUUUUUCUUCUCAUUUUCUGUUCAUAGUUGAAUGGUGAAUAAUGCUGCCUUUCUCUUUUUUGUCAACAUUUUUCAUAAAAGUUUAUUGAAAUUGUAAAUGGACAAACUGAUCAAGAGUUUUGUGUUUUAGUUCAGUGUGAUGUUGUGAUGGUUGAUCAUAUUGCAGCGUGACUUUAGAAGUCGUACA